UCUAACAUUUAAUGGAGAAAAGCACUUAACAAGACAAAGCCUGAUGAUUUGAUCCCGUAUAGAUGAUUCCGCUGGGGUGAAGUUGGAGGAAAGAUGCCAACGGGGACAGAAUCUCAGAGGGAGUGGGGGGAAUUGCCAAUUGGGGCAGAAGCCCACGAAACAGGGCAGGAGAGACCACCUGGGGUUGAGGGAAUAGAGGAAGUAAAUCCCUCUAGGAUGGAAGUUCAGGGGCUGAGGCAAAUGGAGGCUGAGUCCCAGGGACAGAGCAAAGAUACUUCAAGUGGGGCAGGAGCCCAAGGGCUGAGGGGAGAAAUAUUAGAUAAAAAUAAUAUUGCAGGAGAAAAAGCAGCUGAAAGUGAAGGAUGUGUUCCUAUAGAGAACUUGGAGACUGAUCCAAGGAUUUGGGCAGGAGAGUCCUUGAUAGGAGAAACUACAAGGUCAUCUGAUGUUUCAAUAAAUAUUGAGGCAGGUGGGAUAAAGAAAGGUACCAAGAAAAAGAAUUCUGGAGAUAGGAGCAAAAAGCAGACUAAUAAGAAAAGUGGACAAAAGUCCAAGGUUGAAGAUAGGUUUAAAGACAUCUCCAUCUAUUUUCCUAAAGAACAGUGGGCUGAAAUGGGAGAAUGGGAGAAAUUACGUUAUAAGAACAUGAAACAUAAUUACGACUUUAUGAUUCAAUUAGGUCUUCCUACUCCUAAACCAGCAUUUAUGUACUAUGCAUGCCGACCCUUAAAGACUGCAAAUGAAUCCUCUGAAUCAGAUGAGGAAUGGACACCAACACUUAUAGAUUUCCAAACAAAAGUUGUGCCUGAAAAGAAAAAGGAAAGGAAAAAAGAACAGAACAAAGAAGUUAGCACUUACAGAUUACGGAAGAGAGAAAGAAAAGUAUACAUGGAAAUAAAUGAACCAAAUGAUGAUGAUUACUUAUUUUGUGAAUAUUGCCUGACAUUCUUUGUUGAUGAGUGUUCUGUUCAUGGUCCUCCACUUUUCAUCAGAGACACAGCAGCUGAACUAGGACUGGCAAAUAGAGCCAGCUGCACUUUACCUUCAGGUUUUAGAAUUGGCCUUUCAAGUAUCCCCAGAGCUGGUUUUGGAGUCUGGAAUGAAAGUGAAACAUUGCCUCCAGGAAUUCAUUUUGGACCAUACGAAGGGACAAGGACAGAGGAAGAAGCAGCAGCGAACAGUGGCUAUUCCUGGCUGAUUACCAGAGAGCAGAAUUGUUACAUUUACGUUGAUGGAAAAAAUGAAACUAAUUCCAACUGGAUGAGGUAUGUUAACUGUGCCAGAAAUGAGGAAGAACAAAAUCUUGUUGCUUUCCAGUAUCAUGCGGAAAUAUACUACAGAACGUGUAAAGUAAUUCAACCUCAAUCUGAGCUCCUGGUUUGGUAUGGAGAAGAAUAUGGAAAGGAACUUGGCAUCAAAUGGGGAUCUAAAUGGAAAUCGCUAAAUGUAGUUCACAAGCAGAAUUCAUACUUGGUGAAGAAGCAACAAAUAGUUUGCCAUCAGUGUCCCAGUUGUGAGACAGCAUUUACUUGCAAAGAUUAUCUCACCCGCCAUAUGAAAAGGAAGCAUUCUGGAUUUAUAAUACUUGCUGAAGAAACGGAAAAAAUACUAACAGAAAAAUCAUUACUCAAAAUAAGAACUUAUGCUUCCUACCAAGUUACGGUGAAAUAUAGACUACUAAGCAACAUGAACAAAGGUAAAGAUAAUGAAAUUCUUUUUUUGAAAGAUAAAAAUAAAGAAGCAGAGAAUAAGAAUCAUAAAAACAAUGGGAAAAAUCAUUUUCAGCUGGUUACUCACGAUCAGUCAUAUAGAGGAAAGCCAUAUUUAUAUAAAGAACAUGUAAAAAAGGUUGAUGGAUCAUUACUAUGUCUGAUCAGACAGAAGCAGAGUUGUAUAGGGAAGAAGUCUUAUUCAUACAGAAAAUAUGGGCUAGCUUUAAGCCAA